GAGAGAGAGAGAGGGGCGGAGAGAAUUAAAGUUCCUCAACAUCUGGAAGUUGAAGUCCUCGCACUGCGUCUUUUUACCGAACCCGAGGAGCAACAUGUCGGGAGUGGCUUUGACUUUGGCGAAGAAGCGAGCCAGGGCCGCGGGCUUUGGGACCAACGCAAACGCCAACAAGUACCUGAACCAGGACUACGAGGCGCUGAGGAGCCAGUGUCUGAGCAGCGGCCAGCUGUUCUGUGACCCCGCUUUCCCCGCCUCACCCGAGGCCCUGGGCUUUAAGGAGCUCGGAGCAAACUCGUACAAGACGAGGGGCGUGCAGUGGAAAAGACCCGGAGAGCUGUGCUCGAAACCCCAGUUCAUCGUUGGUGGUGCCACCAGGACCGACAUCUGCCAAGGGGCUCUGGGGGACUGCUGGCUCCUAGCGGCCAUCGCCUCUCUUACUUUGAACGAAGACGUGCUGGCCAGGGUGGUCCCCAGCAACCAGGAUUUCGGUUCUAGCUACGCCGGCAUCUUUCACUUUCAGUUCUGGCAGUUUGGUGAGUGGGUGGACGUCGUCAUCGAUGACCGGCUGCCGGUGAAGGAUGGGAAGCUGCUGUUCGUCCACUCUGAAGAGGGGAACGAGUUCUGGAGCGCCCUGCUGGAGAAGGCCUACGCUAAGGUUAAUGGCUGCUACGAGGCUCUGUCUGGAGGCUCCACCUCCGAGGGCUUCGAGGAUUUCACUGGAGGCAUCGCUGAGUCCUACGAGCUGAGGAAAGCUCCUGCCAACAUCUUCCAGAUCAUCCAAAAGGCCCUGGAGUCCGGAGCUCUGCUGGGCUGCUCCAUAGACAUCACGAGUGCUGCUGAUUCAGAGGCAAUCACCCGUCAGAAGCUGGUCAAGGGACACGCCUACUCUCUCACAGGAGCUGUCGAGGUGCAUUAUCGCGGCGGGCUGGAAAAGCUGGUGCGGAUGCGCAACCCCUGGGGUCAGGUGGAGUGGACUGGAGCCUGGAGUGACAGCUCGUCUGAAUGGAACUCCGUGGAUCCUUCGGAACGGCCGAGUGCCAAUGCAGAAGAUGGAGAAUUUUGGAUGGCGUUCUCAGAGUUCGUGCGUCAGUACUCUCGUAUAGAAAUCUGCACGCUGACCCCGGACGCGAUCACCAGUGAUUCCGUGAAGCCCUGGAGCGUGUGCAACUACAGUGGCUCCUGGAGGAGGGGGUCCACCGCAGGAGGCUGCAGGAACAACGCCUACACGUUCUGGAUGAACCCUCAGUUUGUGAUCAAGCUGGACGAAGAGGACGACGACCCCAAUGACAACGAAACAGGCUGCAGCUUGGUGGUGGGCUUGAUCCAGAAGAACCGGCGGCGGCUGAGGAAGGACGGGGAGGACAUGCACACCAUCGGCUACGCCAUCUAUGAGAUGCCUCCACAGUUUCAAGGCCAGACGGACGUGCAUCUGGAUAAGAACUUCUUCCUGACGCACGCUCAGAAGGCUCGUUCCGAAACCUUCAUCAACCUGAGAGAGGUCAGCACCAGGUUCAGGCUGCCCCCGGGAGAAUACCUGGUCGUCCCCUCCACCUUCGAGCCGAACAAGGACGGAGACUUCUGCCUGCGCGUCUUCUCCGAGAAGCAGACCGAAACACAGCCCUGUGAUGAUCCUGUUGAUGCUAAAUUGGACAAUGAGACCGUCUCAGACAGUGAAGUGGACGCCGGCUUCAGGAGUCUGUUUGCAAAGCUUGCAGGGCCUGAUAUGCUGAUCUCCGCUGCGGAGCUCAAGACGAUCUUAAACAAGAUUAUUGCGAAACGGACGGACAUUAAGACAGACGGCUUCAGCUUGGACACAUGUCGGGUCUUGGUCAACCUCAUGGAUGACAGCGGUGAUGGGAAGCUGGGCCUGGGCGAGUUCGCCACACUAUGGAAGAAAGUGCAGAAGUACUUGGCAAUCUACAAGAAGAACGACUUGGAUAAUUCUGGGACUAUCAGCACUCCAGAGUUGCGUCUGGCACUGAAGGAAGCAGGGUUCUGCCUCAAUAAUGCCAUCUUCCAGCUGCUAGUGGCCCGGUAUGCUGACGCGGACCUCACCAUUGACUUCGAUGACUUCGUGGCCUGCCUCAUGCGUCUGGAGAUGAUGUUCCGAAUGUUUAAGAAGAUUGACGCACACAACACCGGCUCCAUAGAAGUGGACUUGAACCAGUGGCUGUGCUUAACCAUGGUCUAAAGGACGUCCUCCAGACGACAGUGGACAAGUUAAGACACGAUUAUUGAAGGUUCUCAGUUGGUUAAACACACUUCUUGCGCUUCAUGUUUUCAGAACAGUUAAAGCCAAAAAUGCACAGCAUGUCCCAGUUCAGGGGCUGCGUCCCAAUUCAGGCGCUGCGUCCCAAUUCAGCGCUGCGUCCUUCAGAGGCUGCAUUUGAAGGCCAGUUGUGUCACAGCGGCACGAUUAGGCCGUCCCAUUUCAAAAGCUCCUUCAAAUGCAGCAAAUGUGUCCUUCUUUUCUAUGGCAACGAAGGAUCCAGUGGGUGGGUCCCUUGCCAGAAAACAUAUCCCAAGGUUUAUUGCAUGCUGGCAAGGAUUUGUGAACAUUGUGGCGUCAACAGAGGAGUGAACGGUGGCUGAAGAGGCACUUUAAAAAUAUAUAAUAACGAUACAAUGGCUCUAAUACAUUACAACAACAACAAAAAAAGAAAAAAUAAACAAGUAAAACGUUUCUGGCUCCAUCUUUCAAGAACUUUAAAAGGACUUGAUGGGGCUCCCGAGUGGCGCAACCGUCUUAGCGUUGGCCGUAUCAUCAGGAGAUUGAUCCAUGUUGAUGCUACAGCCGUCCGUGGCUGAGAGUCACGGGAGAGCACAAUUGGCCUCACUCUCCAAGUGAUGCGGUGGUGCCUCACAGAACUCGGAGGAAGCCUGUGUUAGCCUUCACCCUCCUGUCGUUGACUGGGGGGGUCCUAACUAGCGGGUGAAACUUGACGAGAGCAGUGUUUGGUGGCGCAACGGUAAGGACGGGAACAUCAGUGCUGUGAUGCAAAUCCGCCGUAGGGCAGACCGUCUCAUUUCGGUUCAGCCUUCACGGAUCCAAGCAGCCUUCGAAAGACACACCCUCGCCGCUCUAAGGAUCCAGCCCUUGAACUGGGACACACUGGCUGUGAAUUCGCCGGUGUUUCUCCUGUGCUGAGUGCCUGUAGUCCUUUUGAAUAGGAAAAUAGUCGCCACUUAAAAGGCUUGUUUCAAGUUAGACCUGAUAGAUGAGUCCACGUGUUUUGACCCUUGACCAAUGUUGCGUACGAGUGAUGAGCAAAUGGGAGCCACAGCGUUUGGCUGUGAUUUCAUGCAGAACCAUCUGCUGUUACAGGGGCUUAACUGUUAUGCAAAUCAGAUGCGUCAAGAUUUGUGCCAAAGCAAUUGGGAAUCAAUGAAAACUACAUUUAUAUUGUGCUGGUAAUAGUAACUUUUUGAAACACUUUGUAUUAGAUUUGUUAAACAAUCUAUGUUGUGAUAUUUUAACAUUGAUGUGAUUUUUUUUUUAUUAUUAUUAUAUUGUAAUUAUGAUCAUGAGAAAAGCCUUUGUAACUAACCUAGGGAGUUCUUAGACUCGACUCAGGUGGUUUUGGAGUUAUGAGCUUCCAAGUGGAACAUGUGCAAUGGGCUUCUCAGGCUGAAGGUCCAAAAAUGAUGGUGAAAAGUGUCAUUCCAGUAAUUUAGAGAAGGCUUGGGAAUAUACAUUACAAUGGGAGUGGUGCCAUAGCUGCUACUGAGGGACUAAGAUCUGUUUCUGGGGAUGUCUUACCAAAUCUGACAUUGGCCAAUUUGACCUUCUUGCGGUUUGUGCAUGGUUUUUUUUAUGAUUUUGUAUUUUAAAUGGUGUGUGUGGGGGGGUGUAGUGCUUUUUCCCAGAGGUAACAGGAAGUCUUACUGUCUUUUAACCACUAUGCAAUGUAAUGUUGUAUUAAUGCAUUUUGGUUUAAGAAUCAUUAAACAUUUUUAUUCUGUCA